GUCUUAUUUGUUUCUAUAUUGGACACUUGUUUUUUAUACAAUAUCAUUCACGCAAUAUUAUUAAAAAUGAUUUCCGCGAUCUUCAACGAUUCAGUUAAUAAAGAAUGUGAAUACUGAAUAGACCUACGAAAUACGUACAAUUUGCUUGACUCUUAGACAUUGACAAAUGCGAAAAAUUUUAACCCGAAGAGUGUUCUCGUAAUUAUGAAAUAUUCAAACAGAACAAUAUUUUAAAUCAUCAGAAAUGGCCAAGAUCGUUUGUUUUUUCUAUACUUACUUAUUUUACUUGAACGCAAAACUGUCAUUCGCGUCCGAAGUGUCCUUAUCAUCAUCACCCGAGUCCAUAAACGUGUUGCCCGACGGAUGUCAAAAUCUACUGCAAUCGUUUGCCAACGAUACUGCCAGAUUCACAUUGUGUGUUGUCUCCAACGCUCGACCGAUCACUGUUUGUGAGAAAUGUGUGAACGAGUACAAUCAAGUAUUUAACAGAUACAAAGAAAUUCAAAAGUUGCACAACAACGACAGUGAGAUAGACUGUCGAGCAGUUUUGACUAAUAUCGAUCGGUUACAAGUUGUGUACGCAAGCUACAAUUAUGUGUUGGACAUGUGGCAAAAGGCGUCAUGCGAACUAUGUUUGAACGGUACCGUUUUCAACGACAAGGCAAAAGAAGUGAUGGCGCGCAGCGAUGAUUUGGACAAGUGCAUAUCAAAACACAUGAAUGACACGGAACUUUUAAACUCGACAAUUUGUGCCGAUUGCAAACAAUAUUACACUAAUUUAACCAAUUACUAUGAUACGUACAAAAAUGAUAAAACAUUUUGUAUGGAUGUCGUUGAUCUGAUCAACACUACACAAAGCGAUUGGAGUUUAAAGUUCAAAUGUCACGUGCCCAACUACGAUUCUGAAUGGAUUUUACUGGUCAUUUCGUUCAUUGUACUUUUAAUACCCUUUUUAUUUUAUUUCAUCAAUUGGUUAGUAUCUCAGGAAAGAUCAAAUGUAUUAAUAUCGCAAAACCGUUGGCAUCAACGAUUUACUAAUAAUGCAGCGUCAACUUCUGGUUACGUGGUUAUAUCAUCCUGAGUUUGUGUUUAUUGAAAAUUUAAUAUAUUGUGAUUUGUGACUGGAAAAUGUUAUAAGCUGGUAAUAUUUUAUAUUUAUUCAUGUAAUUACAACUGUUAAGUUAGUUAAUCAGAUUUAGUGUCAACUGUGAUAUUUGAAAAUUAUGAGACAUAAAAGAAAAAAAUUAAUGCGAUUAUUUAAUAUGUUUAAUUAAUUAAAUUAU